UUUCGAUAGUGCCAUUAAGUUGACAAGGUUUUCUAGUUUAGAAAACAGCUGAUCACAGCUAAGGAAUGUAGUGUUUUUAUUUUAACCAUUAUUCUGUACUUAAAGAAUGGAAGGAUACAUGUUCUUAUUUACAUCAGUGUGUCUGCUUUAUACUUGUUGUGUAACUCUAGCAGACGAUGUAGGAUUUUUAAGUUCUACCACUGGUAAGACCACUAGGCCUAGUGGCAGCAUUAAAAACAAAGAUGAACAUGCAAGUGAUGACGGUAGCAAUGAAAAUUUAUCUUUAGAAUCAUCAGUAAACCUAGCCAAUAAUACUGGUUCUACGACUUUGCAAGUUCCGUUCUUUGAUGCAGCUACUUGUUUGAUCAAAGUCGGUUCCAAAGAUGACGAUGUAAUAAACUUAAAACCCAUUUCAAGAUUUGAUGGUUUUGCCAGGUAUUUUGCCAGCUUAAAUGUGCUGUCAGGCAACUAUGCCCACCCACUAAACUAUGUGUACAAUCCCUGUGCCACUGUGAAUUAUCCACCAAACCCACCCUUGGGGACAGUGUUUGGAGAUCCAUGUCUCAACAUUUUGUUUAUGGGUAGAAGGGGCGUUGUUGAUGAUGUUGGGUUUGUUGAAUGGAUUUUAAUUGUUGCUGAUGUUGGGUUGAUUGAAUGGAUGUUUGUUGUUGAUGAUGUUGGGUUGGUUGAAAGGAUGUUUGUUAUUGUCGAUGUCUGGUGGCUGUUUGUUAAGGGUGGUGCUGGUUACCGGCUUAAAUGUCAAAGGUGCCAUGGUGACAACCAGUUAUUGAUGAAGAUUUCUGUAGUUGCCAUGGUAACAACUAACCUUUACCCUCGACAGAUCUGUAGCUACCACACCAUCAACGACAAGACCUUCUACAGCAUCAAUGGGAUCAACGCGUCUGACAGUAUUUCUGUCCUGCGGGACAACUCCAGCAACUAUGUCCUUUCCUACAAAGGACUGAAAUCACUUCGGUUCAGGACCACCAACGUCACACUUUUUUGUGAUCACAAUAGGAAGGGGGAGGAGGACGGUUUGUUUUUGGUUCGAUCCCAUACCCAAACUGGAACAAUAGCUGAGCUUUACCAUGAAUGUUGCUGUGUGGGGGGAUGCUGGCUUCAAAGUAUGGAGAAGGUUACAGACAAAGGCCAGAAAAAAAAAGUGGGGGCUGAUGGGGAGAAGAUGCUGGUCAUUGUGGGGACACUGGUCAGUCUCAUCAUGAUGGUGGCGCUCAUUGGAGGCUUGUGCUACGUCAAGAGGACACACCUCAGGAUUUACUCCAAGCUGCCUGGAGUUACCCCCCAGGGCAUCAGCAUGCCAGUCACCAACAGAAGAGCCGCCACCAUGCCUCCCACCCUGCUGGGGAACCCAAACGGUGGCACCAAAAACUCAGACUUCAGGGACUACGAGCCCGCUGCCAUAUCCAGCGCCCGCAAGAAGAUGAUUCCAGUGCUGGAGGACUCCAACAUUCAGCUGUCAGCUGUGGAGAUGCGACAAAGGCUGGGUGGUGGCAUAUUUGGCGACACACAUUUGGGGACAUUCAAUGAGAUGACCGUCACAGUCAAGAGAUUGACCUUGUCCAUUCAUGACAACCAGCUGACCAGUGAGACCAUGGAGUGGAUGAAAGAAAUUGUCUGGUUUCUCAGCCGCCAGCGUCACAAGAACAUUGUCUGUGUGCUGGGCUUGUGUCUGAAUGGACGGCUGCCAUUCCUUCUCACAGAGUAUGUGAUUGGAGAAUGUCUGAAGGAUUUUCUCAAGGCCAAUGGGCAGCAGUUAACUUGGCCACAGAGAAUAAGACUGUGCCUUCAAGUUGCUGAUGGUAUGGCAUUCUUACACUCGACCAAACCUCCUAUAAUACACAGAGAUUUAAGGUGUGGAAAUCUAUUCCUGUCUGACAAUGAUUCUGUCAAGGUGGCAGACUUUGGGUUAAUCAGAUUAUUACAGCCCAUGAGGGAGCAGUGUAACAACGACGACUGCAGCUGUCAAAGACAGUUAAGUGCAUGUCCAGCAACAGUCAGAUGGACGGCGCCAGAGCUGCUGAUGUACCCCCGCAGUAGAGAAGGGGAGAGCAAUAUCAUAUCCACAGCGUGUGAUGUUUACUCCUUUGGUCUAGUCAUGUGGGAGAUGGUUUACUGUAAGGAUCCAUUUGAUGAGAUUGGCACAGAGGCUGAGGUGAUAGAGAUAGUAAGGAACAGUGGUCGCCCUGACACGCCCCCCUCUGUUGACAUCAUGCCACAGUUCAAGGAGCUGAUGAAAACAUGCUGGGACCAGCGCCCUGCCAACAGGCCGGCAUUCAAGAGGGUGGCCGUUAGUUUGAAGGACUUGAGCUCUCAUGCCAGAUCCUACCAGAAGUUGGUCAGCACUUUAAAGAUGAGACUACAGAAGCAGCAUCCAAUUGACCAUGUGUGAUCAGCCUGGUCAGAUGGUGAUGACAUAACAGAUCAGGUCAGGUGACCCAACAGGUCUGGUUUGGUCAGCCUGGUCAGGUGACCCAACAGGUUUGGUCAGGUGACCCAACAGGUUUGGUCAGGUGACCCAACAGGUUUGGUCAGGUGACCCAUCAGGUUUGGUCAGGUGACCAGUCAGGUGACCCAACAGGUCUGGUCAGGUGACCAGUCAGGUGACCCAUCAGUUUUGGUCAGGUGACCCAACAGGUUGGGUCAGCCCUGUGGGACAUCUCUAUUCUGCCCAGGUAUGAGCUACCUGGUCAGGAUGAGCAAAUAAAGAAGUUUAUUAGAGGCGCUGUCAACACAAGGGAAGUAAUUUGUGUUCAAUAAACCCGGAGUUACAUUCACUACAUAGAGACAUGGUUACCAAACUUGUUUUUCCCGACUGCUCACAAGUAAUAAAUAAUGUAGUAUAUAUUAUAGGGCAAAAUGUUACUGCAUUUAAAAAUUAACUUAUGACGUGUAAAUUUUUGUUGUUAACUUUGUUUUUGGUCCUCCAAUAUAUAAACAAAUACUUAUUUCACUUGUAUAUUAACCCGUCUUUUAUUUCUGUAGGCACUUUCAAUUUUUAAAAAUGUGUAUUUUAUUCAUGUAUCAAAGGUGUGUAUGCACAUCUUUUACUGUUUACACAUUUUUUAACAAACUGUCUUUUGUAUAAUUAACGUCUUUUGUUUGUAACAUAAGUAAUUUCCUUUUUAAAGAAAUUUUUUCUUUUAAAUGAAAUUUAAAUGUGUAUUUUAUAUAUACAAUGGACACCUUUUAAUGCUGUCAAUAUUUCUUAAAGAAAUUAUGAUGGAUUUCUUAAACCAGUGUCGGAUAAUAGAAUCUUCUAAAAAAGGGUGUUAGAUUACUAGUAGUUAACUAAAUACAUGGCUAUCUCACGUCAAUGCUAACACUAUCUCCAACCCUAAUCCUACCAUAUGUCUAACCCUAAUUUCUAACUAAAAAACUAGUCAAGAUUACAAUACUACUACCAACAUCACACCUAUUUUCAGAAGAAUCUAUUAUCGGACAUUGAUAACUUCAAUCAUCCAAACUUAUAUUUUACUUAAAAUAUACACUUCACAUGUAUUGUUUGUAAAGAGUGCUUUUAAAGAUUUUAUUCCUGUAAAAGUUGGUAAAGUUGUGUUAAAGUUUUGCUGGCAGCUUAUUGUUCAGGUGAAUGCUCUACCUUGCCUUACAUUAAGGUUGUGUUCCAGACAUUAAACCACAGGUAUGGUUUACACAGGUCACAUCUGGUUUCUGUCUUUCAAAACUCUGUUCAUAUUAGUUAGCUCCACCCAUCAGCUGUGUAGUAGAAGUUUUCAUUCAGCACAUUCAGUGUGUGUGGUGGUGGCUGUGGUAGAAAACAAAGUACACAUUUUUAAAUAUUUUCUUGGGACAAUCAUUUGUGUAGAGGAACUGAAAUUUUCUGUGCUUUAGACAAGAGACUCAUUUUUUUUUGGAACUAACUAGUUACUGAUAUUAAGUAGAAUUAUGUAUCAUUGAUACACAAAUAUUGUUUUAAAACAGAACAGUAUUAUGUUAUGGAAAGAGGGAAUUGAGAUUCUAUAGUAUGAAGUUUUGCCUAAACUUAGCUCAAAUUUUGUCUUUAAUUGCCAGUAUUGAUGUUAUUGGUUUAAUCAGCAAUGGUUUAUAAGAUUUAAACUUCUACAGCUUCCAGCUGAUCCUGUUUGUCAGUAAUAGUUUCAUUGUCUGUUAAUGUAAUCUGAUUAAAUAUGAAAUGUAUGGGUUUUUUCUUAAUACCAAAGUUGACUAUGUUGUUUAUGAAAGAAAUUAAGAAUAUGUUUUAUACUAGAACAAACAAGUUGAAAAGGUCUUUUGUCCUAAUUUUGGUUCUCUGGAUUUAAAAAAAAACUGACAUUUUAAAUUUCUCUGUCUAGUAGAUGACUUGCAUUUAUGAUUAAUCAUUAAUUUAAUGUUUUUACAUAAGACUUCUUCUUAGAGUAUGUUUCUACUUAUAGCCCAAUGACCUAUGUUAUUCUAGAACCUCUGUACGAAGAAUUUGAUGGGACUUUUUUAGCUGAUUUGAUAAUUUAAUGUAAUGUUUAUUUAACUAUACAUUUUAUAAUUCUUAUAUAUCUGUCUAUUCUAUUUAAUGGUCUAAAACUACAACUGUAACAGUGAAAGAAUCGAUUAUUAUUAUAAAAGUGCUUAUAAUUCUGAAGUUAUUUUGAAAUAAUUGCUUUGAAUGAGUGACAAGGCAUUUAUGUAAUGGUUUGUGCCAAACUUUGAAAUGGUGCUGUUGUAAGAAGCUCAUUCCAAAUGUUUAGCAUAGUUUAUGUUCUGUCCAUACAACUUUACUUCAUGUAAAAUCAUAUUAUAAAUUUCUAUUUUCAUACAAAUCUGCACAAGUACUUUGAUCUUCCUAGGAAGGGAUCAAACUAGUCCAAAUUAGCCAUUUUCUCUUUUAGUUUUCUUAGAUAAAUUGCUGUCCUCAACUGAUGAUAAUUUUUUGAUCAGGAAUCAAACUGAGACUUACUGGUUCUCAGUUAAUACUUUAUGUAAAAUCUAAUUCCUUUUUUUUUCUCCAGAAAAUUUGAGACUUUUCCUUUUUCUCCCAGAUACCAAUAGCAAUACAAAGUUUUGUAAAUGUCACGUUUAAUUUGAAUUAACAGCAUAUUUUGAAACACCAGAAUUAAUAGUUGCACAUGGUCAACUGCCAGUGUGACCACUAUUUUUUAGUGUUGAAGCACCAGAAUAAAAUGUCUUCUUACAGUCUACACUUAUGUUGCACAUUGAUUACUUAAGCUUAAGAUUGAAGUAGGUUUAGCCCAUGGAUACCUCAACAGCCUUCUCUUAUGUUGUGUCUGUUGUUCCUAUAUCACACCAUUAAAUAAAAGCCAUUCUUCCUCAGGGGUGGUUGUGGAAACCACUAAGAAUUCCUGGUGCAUGCCAAAAAUUUCAUGUCUCUGAUCAAUAUUUUUGUAAAUGCAUGUCUUUUCCAAAAAGUUUUUUUCUGUGUCAAACAUUUAUCUUCCCUUUUUAUUUUAACAAUGCAGCUAAACUGAAGAAUAUUGCCAAUCAUCUUUUUUUUAGACAGAAAUGUUUUGAUGACAUGUAACAUACAAUAAUAUUCUAACUUUAUAUUCAAUAACAACUUUAUAUUAUACAGGUUAUUUUUACUGUGAUGCAAAAUUAAUUACAAAAUGUAAUUCAGUACUUGUUUCAAUUGUACAUAAUAAGUUGAUGUAAAUCCCUGACUUUUCUGCUCAGCCCAUAUAACUCAACCUCUGCUUUAAAUAACCAAAAAGGACAUUUUAAAAAUAAGCUUUUCUUUUUGUUUUUAAGUAGAAUGUUAUUACUAGUGGUUGAUUUAAGUAAUUAGAAAAUUGUAUGUAUUUAUCUAAAGACAAUGUAUAAAACAUUGAUCAUGAUUUCUGUUGCAAUAAAAUUUAAGAAUAAAUGUUACUUUACUUCUGUAUGUAAAUAUGGUGUAUAUUUGUCCUACUGCAUGCAUUUUUGGUCAAUGAAUAAUUAA